AUUUAGAACAUGUUCUUCCGCAAUAAUUGUAACAAUCAAGCCUACCAUGUUUUGAUCAAAUCUGAACCAUUACCACUGCAUAUUAAGUGUUUUAAGCCGAUAUUUGUUGCACAUUAACAAGAAUGGGAGAAGUGUACCAGUACCAUAUUACAAUGUUGGUCACUGAUGAACAGGUGGAUGCUAUCAGAGCCUUUUUUAAAGAGAAAAACUGGCCAUGCUGGCUAAAAGUGUUAACAGAUGAAAAUGUAGCUGGACUAGUUCAGGGUGGAUUUACAGAUUUAUUCCCAAUCAUGGCAGCCGGACAAGAUGGCGGCAUUGGACAUUCUAUAUUUACAGAGAUCAAAUCUGAAAUUGUUGAUAUAGAUGAAGACUCCACUUCGUCCGAGAGAGUGAAUGAUUUACCGAAGAAGAUAGAACCACCAGAGAUCUCUGAUGAUGAUGAAAAUACAAUGGAUUAUGAUAUGAUGUGUUCAAAGGAGAUAGAUUCUGGUUCUGAAAGUAACACAAAAUCAAAUGAAAAAAAUGAAACAAGUACAACAUGGAAAAUUUCUAUUUCCGAAGUAAAGGACAAUGAUGGAAAAGGAUCAUCGAACAAAUUAAAGUGUCCUUUAUGUGAAACUACGUGUGUAACAAAAACCAUUCUAAAAAGACACUUCAAAAGGCGGCACAAAGGUAAAAAAUGGCUUGAUGUUGAAUGCUCUGAUUGCAAGGAAAGGUUUACAACAAAGGAAGAACUUUGGGAACAUAGAAGAGAAGUGAACCAUGACCCUCCAAAAGAAAAAACAAAUAUGGUUUCAGUCAACCAGCUUACGCCAGAAGAACGUAUAAGAUUGGGUCAUUUGAAGUGUCAAAUUUGUGCAAACUUUUAUCCGCACAAACGAUCGCUGAGACGACAUAUGAACAAAGUCCACAAAGAUGUGCUUCCGAAAUGGAACUGUCCUAUUUGUGACACUGAAUUUGAAAAUCGUGAUGCAUUAUGGAAGCAUAAGCGUGAAUCAGGGCACAAAACAAAUAUAUGGGCACUAGGCAACUAUCAGUGCGACUCUUGCGGAAAAAUAUACACAAGAUAUGAUUCUUUCCAGGAGCACAAACUUUCUUGCGAAAAAACUGAGAGUGAAAAACAAGCAAGCUGUAAGUAUCCAUGUGAUAUCUGCGGUUUGUUGUUCAAAUCCAUGCUCCGCGUCAAAUCUCAUAAACGUGGUGUUCAUACAGUAGCCCCCGUGGUUUGCCACGUUUGUGGGGCAAUGUGCAAGAACAAACGUGCGUUACUUGUUCAUCGUAGGAGGCAUGAUAUGAAGAAUAAGAAAUAUGUUUGUGAUGACUGCGGAAAAUCCUUUUUUAACAGCACACUUUUAGCUCAGCAUGUCCGUACCCACACUAAAGAGAAACCAUACAAAUGUCCGCUGUGUAACUAUGCCUGUGCUAUUAAGCAAAAUAUUCAUAAGCAUUCGAUGAAGGUUCAUAAAACACAAUGCAAAGCUGUUUGCCUAGAUGAUGUCAAAGACCAAGCUGAGGAGGCAUCCAAUGAAACAUUAUUACAAUCUCAAUCACAGAAAUUACGAGACCGACAGUUACCUGAAGUGUCAGGUAGUAUGGUGUCCGAUAAGAGUCAUAAUCCGCCAUUGGAAAACACCUGUAAUUCAAAGUAUUUCCCACAAGAAAGUAUGGUGGCUGAUAGCAGACAUGGUAAAAAUUCAAGAAAUUCCUUUGGCUCGGAAACUAUGGUGACAAAUAAUGGACAGAAUUUGAAUGAGUUCCAGGAAGUUUUGGAUUACAGUGUGAACACACAACCUCUUACACAUGGGAAUUUUCAGCAUCAGUAUCAGUGAAAUAAUUUACAUUUCAGCCUAUCGUUUUUGUUAAAUGUGUAAAUGUAUAUAAGUAUGUAAGGGCUCACUUGAUUGAACAAAUGGAAAAUGGGAACAUACAGUAAAAAUUAAGAGGAAUUUAAAAGUUCAUUAAAUUGGCAUGAAAAUAAAAUGGAAAUAGUAGAUCAAGUAUGAUUUAGAAUUUUAUUUCAAUAUAUUGAAUGAUAUCAGGUAAGAUGAUACAUGAUUUUGUACUGGUCCGGGCAUUUAAAACGCACAGUUGGUGUCCUAUCUUAACCCAGAUCAAAUAAUUGAAAAUAGUAUUUUAUAUUUACAUGUUUUUGACUUAUGAAUAGAUUGUUGUUAAUGUUUCUUGAAUAUACAGUUGUAUAGUUUUUUUUUAAUAAAAAAUACUCAGAUUAUAGUAAAAUGAUAUGGUUUCAUGGCCUGAUUUUUUGCAAAGCUUAUCUCCCUUGACAAAAAUCUAAUUUUGGGAGUUAUUAUUCAGUAUUUUAUGUAUAAAGAUAUUAUUCACAAAAUAUGAAAAUAGGCAAAGUAAAGAGAUUGUUUUAGGUGAAUUGUCAGUCUUUAGAUAAUUAUGUGAAUAUUAACUAACAUGAAAUGAAGGAAUUGUGAGAAUUUUUUAUCUAUUAAUGAUACAAUAUUGGGAAUGACCCUCAAAAUAGUGACCAGGGGAGGUCAUGCAUGAUAUAUGAAAAGUGUCUAUUACUUAUUACAGAUAUCUUUAAAGUUGUUAAGAGGUUUCAUGAAGAUGAUUAAUUUGUAAGGAUUUUUACAUGUAUAUAAAUUAUUGGGAAUGACCACAAAAUUGUGUCCAAUUGAGGUAAUGCAUUACAGCUAAUUCAUAAGAAACUGAAUGGUUUUGAUUGUUUUACAUGUGGCAGCUAUCAAGCUGGAAAAGUUGAUUAUGUGUUGAUUCAAUUUCAUUACAAUGAACAAUGUUAUUUUUGUAUAUUGUGUUUAUGUGGAGCUGUGUAACUGUUCUGUUGUUAAGUGUACUGGGAAUGAGUGAGGUAUGGAAUAGUUUGAGGCUUGUCUAUUAAAUACAUCUACAAAUGUAUAUGUUUGGGAAUAUAUUUGAACAUGAUAAAAAUGGUUUAGCUUCUUAACAUGCUCUUGCAUUCUUUGGUAUAGAAGCUUCUUUGCUUAAAGGCCCAUUACGCUUAAAAAUGGUAAUAUUUUCAUUUUUCAAAGUUUUUACUUUUUUUUUGGUGUUUAUUAUUCAUUAUAGGCAUAUAGAUGAGCCAUCUUGUGCUUCCUUUAUGUUUUGGCAAUUAGUACAGUUCUAGCGAUUGAAUGUUUUGUAUGGAAGUCAAAAUACUACUGUACUACUGUUAUCAGAAAUGAUUUUUCAUUCAAAGCUUUUUACUUCUAGUGAUAAACAUCUAAAGUGUUCUAAUCCAUAAUGCUAGUACUGUCAGCAGCAGCUGCUUACGGUAGCUGUAUUUUUAUAUUUAAACAAAAUAUAGAUGGUUCUAAAUUGAAUGUACAAAUGUUGGUCCAUAACACAAGAAUAAGAAAGGAAAAGAGUUUUGGAAUCUGUUUACUUGUUAUUGAAAGUUUUUUUAUGAAACAAAAGCAUUGGAGAUUUCAGGUUGUGAAGAAAUUAUAAAGUUAUGAAAUAUUGAAGUUUAUGUACUGAAAAUUUAUAAAUAAUCAAGCUUUUCUCAAGCUUAUGAUAAAAAAUGAAUAAUUAUACCUUUUCAUAAAAGAAAAAUUAUUUAAAAUAGAUUUGAUAGGCAUAUGAGUUGACUGUUAAAAUCUAAAGACAUUUUACUGGUGUCAUAUGAAGAAACAUGGUCAUGACCUGAGUAGGGCUCGAACCCAUGAUCUCUGGGUUGAGAGGCAGACACCUUAACCACUAGGCCACCGCUCCCCUUAAAGGUCUUUUGAAAGUAUGAUAUGAUUGCUUCAUUUUUUUGUUACAUACACAUUCUAGGUUCUCUGUGUUUAAAUAAUCAAAAACACAGGUUGUUAUAUUAGUUUGUCAAUUUUUAUAUACUUUUACUCUUAUUUUUCUUUUUUAAAGAGCAGGAAAAAGUUUUAACUUUAUUUUACAACGAAUGAAAUUACUUUAUAUAAAUUCUUGAUUGCUUAAACAAUUCACAAAAUACCUUCCUUUUGAAAUACCUUGGAACUAACCUUGCUUUUGAAGUAUUUUGAGACUUAAUCUGUAGCUAAUAAAAUUCUACAAUAUUUAUACGUACAUGUAUUUAUAUAUCAAUCAUGUUGGCAUCUGUUUAACCUUUACUUUGAUAUGAAUCGUAAUCAUGACCUCAGAUUAAGCAAAUUAAUUUUUUUAUUUCCAUUCAGUCAAACAUUAACCAUUAAGACAUUUUGUCAGCCAUCACUGCUUCUUUUUGGCAUUUUCAUCUUAAUAUUUUGAGUUAAAUUAUGAAAAAAUACUUCUAAAAGAUUGAUAUUUUGUUGAUUUAUUUUGUAAUUUUGUUGUCAUUUAUUGAACGAAUUUUUAUGCUUAGAAGAUAUAUUGUAAUAUUGAUUUAAAUUAAAUGACAUCUUUUUAAAGAAAUUAUAUAUUGAAUUAUACAUGCUUAUAUGUAUUUUUGUAAACUCAUGUUUCUUGUUGGAUGAAAAAGAAAAUUAAUAUGAGCAUGUGAAUUGAAUAAAGCUUGUAGAAUAUUAUAAAUGUAUUGACACAUAACUCACUGAAUUUCUCGUAUGGAUUUGUCUUCUUUUUCUGUUUUCUUUUGAAUUGGCACAGUCAAUGUCAAGUUGAAGGGAUUUUAAUGUUAAAAUACAAGGAUUAAGCUAUCAACAGUUUAGAGCCUGGUCAGAGACAACACAGAUAUAAGCAGUCUGCCAUGGCUCUGUCCUGGUGGGCAAAGUUUAACACUUUCUGAUAUAACAGGUUAAGGAUUUAAAGUUUUUCACAUUUCUACAUUUGUCAGUUUCAGUUUUGAGAAGGCUAACUUUAAAUCUCAGAUUCCUAACCCUAAAUUGUUCUGUAAAGGGCAUUCAAUUCCGUUAGUGACACAUGGUAACUUCUGUCUUACCAUAACCGUAAAAGACCGAUUCAUAUUGACCCUAAAUCUGCAGAAAGUGAUUAGCCUUUUCACCAAUAAAGAGCCAGGUCAACCUGCAUAUCAGUUUUACUGUUGUCUGACUAUACAAAAACUUGAUAAUUGACACUUCAAGAAAGAAAAUGGAAGCUGGACAAACCCAUUGGUAUAUUAUAUGUUGAGGACUAGUCACCAAUUUGUAGAAAAAUAUCAGUAAAUGAAAAAUAAUUAAUGUGAUUUAUUAGUGGAAGUAAUGAGAUUUUUGUUAAUUGAAUACUUGUUGUAGAAUGAUAUGAGUCUUUUGCACUGCUGCAUGAUUUUUAUACAGUUUGCCAGUAAAUUCAUUUAAGCAAAUGUUAAAUGCAGAUAUUUCCUAUACAUUCCAACAGUUUAUUCAAACUACAUGAACUAGGGAAGAAUAUCAAAAGUUGCAUGUUCAUUUUUUCAGUGGAUUAUAUUGUGAAGCUAAAUUGAGGGCUAAGUGCUCGGAGCCAGCUCUUGUGAUCACCUAAUAGUUAGAAGUUGGCAAUUUCUCAGAAACGUUUAAAUAAAGAUGCAUGCUGACUUUUAAGUCUAAGGUAACGUAAAAAAAUUAGAAAAGAUUACAAUUAUAGUGUAAGUAAGUAUAAAAAAUAACUUUAUUGGUGAUAUUUUGAAAUUUUAUAUGCAAAAUACCACAAUUUAAUUUUUUAUCACCAUAAUUCUUUUAUGGGGGAUCCGUGGCUGAGUGGUUAAGGAUUUUAAACCACCAUUGUGAGUUCAAAUCCCGAUAGGGACUUUAGAUUAUUUCAUGUGAGGUACCUAUCCAUCUCGCGCACGGAACGUUUUUGCUUUUCCUUAAGUGCCGGUUCAUGCCUGAAAUAAUGCACUGUACAUAGGGCACCUGAGAUCUUUCACCAGUAUAGCUGGAAAGUCGGCAUACAUGGCAUAUGAACUAAACUGUAUUGGAAUAAGUAAAGUUCGUUAUGUUUUUACACAUUGGAUUUUUUGUUUUAUUGAAAUUACCAUUGACACAAAUGCGUAGGUGCAAAUUGAAAGAAAUGGUUUCUCCA